AUGUAUCGGCAGGUCAGAGUAGCUGAAGACAACACAAAAUUCCAACGUAUUGUGUGGCGUGAGAACCCUGAAAGUGAAAUAGAAAAUUAUGAGCUCUUGAUUGUGACUUUUGGAAUUACAUCCGCUCCUUAUUUAGCCGUUAGAGUAUUGAACCAAAUCAGCUUGGAUGAGGGCGAGAAUUUCCCAUUGGCAGCACCAAGGGUAUUACAGGCAUUCUACAUGGAUGACCUAAUGACAGGAUGUUGCGACGUCAAGGAAGGAGUGGAAGUUUAUAAGCAAAUGACGGAGCUAUUGGCUAGAGGUGGAUUUAAGCUACAAAAAUGA